GCAUCUAGGCUGUGUAGUCGAACCCAGGGACGUGCAGUUUCUAUUGACGUGGUAACGGUGACUGUUAUCAGUUUAGCUGGAAAUCUCCAGAUAUUCAUGACUCAAAGUUGACAAAGCAGUGCUAUUUUAAGCCAGAAGUCAUGCUGGACUUUGCCAUCUUCGCGGUUACGUUUGUCAUCAUUUUGGUCGGCGCUGUUCUUUAUUUGUAUCCGUCAUCCAGAAGGGUCUCUGGGAUCCCAGGUCUCAACCCCACAGAUGAAAAGGAUGGGAACCUACAGGACAUCGUGAACAGAGGCAGUCUGCACGAGUUCCUCGUAAGUCUGCAUCAGGAGUUUGGACCUGUGGCCUCGUUCUGGUUCGGCGGUCGGCCGGUAGUCAGCUUGGGCUCUGUGCAACAGCUACGGCAACACAUCAACCCAAACCACACCACUGAUUCAUUUGAGACGAUGCUGAAGUCGUUGCUAGGUUACCAGUCGGGAAUGGGAGGCGGGGCCACAGAGGGCAUAUUAAGGAAAAAGGUGUACGAGAAUGCCAUCAACAGCACAUUGAAGAACAACCUCCCUCUUGUUCUCAAGCUUGUGGAGGAGCUGGUUGGAAAGUGGAACUCAUUCCCUGAGGAUCAACACAUCCCUCUGUGCGCCCACCUGCUGGGUCUCGCCAUGAAGACCGUCACCCAGGUGGCUCUGGGCGAGAGCUUCAGGGACAACGCUGAGGUCAUUUCCUUCCGCAAGAACCACGAUGCGAUCUGGUCAGAAAUCGGGAAAGGCUACCUGGACGGCUCCCUGGAGAAAAGCACCAGCAGGAAAGGACAUUAUGAGAAGGCUCUGUCGGAGAUGGAGUCUGGGCUGCUGUCACUGGCGAGGGAGAGGAAAGCCCAGAGGAAGCAGACGGUGUUUGUGGACGCUCUGCUUCAGUCCAGCCUCACAGAGCGACAGAUCAUGGAGGACUGUAUGGUUUUCACUCUGGCAGGAUGUGCAAUCACUGCCAACUUGUGUAUCUGGGCGCUUCGUUUCCUCUCCACCUCAGAGGAGGUUCAGGACAAACUGUACCAGGAGCUGGAGGAGGUUUUGGGUUCUGAUCCAAUUUCUUUGGACAAAAUCCCUCAGCUCAGAUACUGCCAGCAGGUCCUGAAUGAGACAGUGAGGACGGCCAAGCUGACCCCCGUCGCAGCUCGGCUUCAGGAAGUGGAGGGAAAAGUCGAUCAACACGUCAUCCCCAAAGAGACUUUGGUCAUCUACGCUUUGGGAGUUGUCCUGCAAGACUCCGAGACCUGGAGCACCCCACACAGGUUUGACCCUGAUAGAUUUGAAGAAGAAUCCGUUAGGAAGAGCUUCUGUCUGCUUGGAUUUUCUGGGAAUCAGACGUGCCCAGAGCUCAGGUUUGCGUACACCGUCGCUACCGUCCUGCUCAGCACGUUCGUGCGGCAGCUGAAGCUCCACCAGCUGAAGGGACAGGUGAUGGAGGUCAGAUCAGAGCUGGUGUCCACACCUAAAGAUGAAACCUGGAUCACUGUCAGCAGAAGAAGCUAGUCUUUCAUUAAAAAACUUGCUGCAUUUUGAUUUUAAAAAAUACCAGCAAGUAUUUCUUGAAUGUUAAAGCCACAGAAGCACUUUUGUUCCAGCUGAUAACUCCUGUCUUUUUUUUAUCCAUUAUGGUUGUAAUUACAUUGUUCAUACAGAAAUCUGAGGCCUUACACACAUCAUUACACCUGCUGUCGGUCCACACAGCAGAUUUUCACUUGUUAAGACUCCAUCUCUACAAUGUAGUAAAAAUAACAACUUGUGUUGCCUUAUACAACUGCCUGGAAUCCACAUCACAUUUAGAAAUGGCAUUCCCUUUUUUAGACAGCUGCAUCUUACAUAUUAUUAAAUAUGUAUGAAGACUU